AUGUCUCAGAAAUUUCGAAAGAACGGGUCACCAACUUCAAAUCCCAGUUUGACCAGUGGGGUCGGUGGUGGAACUGCAGCUGGAGGUUCGGUAGGUUCCGGUAUCGGUUCUGGAGGAAGUUUACUUGGUCGACUGCUGCCUAUGAAAGCCACAGUUCCGUUCCAGCUGAAACCUCCGGCACAGCCCCCUCUACAGACCAGGUCCGUACAUACUGGAGGCAGUAGAGGCAACAGUCCGACACACAAUAACGGCACCGGGAAAUGCCUUAGCGGCGGAUAUGAAGCAACCAGUGUGCGCACGUCAGCAUCACACAGUCGUAGUCCCACUCGAGCCGUGCUGUCUGGUGUCUCGAGCCUCCCCCCAUCAUCCACUCCUACGUGUACACCUCACCCCAACACGGUCUCCGUGGCAACAUCACUAUCAGCAUCAUCCAGAAGUAGCAGUAGUCCAACUGUCACCCCAUACGUGUCCGCGUCUGGUUUAGCCGGACCACCGGUUAAACAGCCACAAACACACUCUUUCCCAGCAGACGCAUCAUCUCACUUGAAUGUACAGCACAGUAACGUUUGUGUCAAUCCCGGGCUGACCGUGCCUCCCUACCCUGUGUCCGGCAGCCCCCCGUGCUGCUCUCCCUCGCAGCAGCAGCUUCAGUGGUUCUCGGAAAGUUCUAUGCUGACAGCCUCAGCCCCGCAAGUCUCAAGUUUUUCGGCUUCACCGUCUUCAUCAUCAUCGUCGUCAUCGUCGUUAUCGUCCGGCGGUCACAGGGGUAAACCUCUGCCUCCGUCGCUGCAGUGGUCGCCAGAACAUGACAGAGUCUCUCCAGAGAGAUUCAGUCCCUCUUCACCUGUUUGCAAAGAGAGAUGUAAACUCCCUGUCUCAAGCUCAGUGUCCAGUGCGGGUGGCACCAGUGGGAGUGGUUAUAUCCAUCGCACCUCCUCAUUGGACGCUCUGACGGGGCCUUACCUGUCUGGUCAUUGGCCACGAGACGGCAAUCUUGUCCCCAGCAGUCCCUGCAUGUGGGACAAGGCUACUCAGACCCCCAGUGCUUGGACGGAUGAUUGUUUGGAGAAGAAGAAUAGUUCUCAUAAACGCUCAGCAUCGUGGAGCAGCAAUGACCAGCUCAAAGAGAUUGCUAAACUGCGUCAGCAGCUUCAACGAAGUAAGCACAGCAGUCGUCAACACCGUGAUAAAGAUCGUAAAUCACCCUUUAAUGGCCAUCACCCACCUAUCAACCAAUCACAGGCUCCCACCCCAAAGAGCGCACUCAUUCCCAUUCCAAUCUCCAAAUCCUCUGUAUCACGUUUCCGUAACAGCGUGGAAGGUCUGAACCAGGAAAUCGAACGCAUCAUCAUCAAAGACUCUGGAAAUGACAUGCUUAUACCUCAGGAUGUACCCGACGGGCACCGUGCCCCUCUGCCUGUGUCUUCUCACAGUGCCAGCUCACACUGUGUGGACACCCAGACCCCCUCGGCUGGUACCAACAGUGACAGCAGCAGCCGCUCCCAGUCCGUCUCUCCCUCAUCACUGGGUCUUAACGGUGAGAGCCCAUUACCUGCCCAUGACUCCCUCACGGACAACCAAGAGAGAGAUCAGGCCUCUGGAUCUCCCUUCCCCAAAUACGCCUCAUCUCCCAAACCCAACAACAGCUACAUGUUCAAACGGGAGCCCCCAGAGGGCUGUGAGAGGGUCAAGGUCUUUGAAGAAACACAGGUCAAAUUGCUUCAGGAGGUCCCACUGUUCCUGAGCCCAGACAAGAACAAGGUCAACUUCAUCCCUAAGAGUAGCUCUGCAUUCUGCCCUGUUAACAUCCUCAAACCAUUACUGCCCGCUCCAGAGCUGACCCUGAAGAGUCCAGGACAGGACCUGGGUCCACUAGAAUCCCUUCACACAAACCCUGUCCCACCCGAAACCUGGUGUAACCAGAGAGCUAGAGCGUACCCUUGACACGCGGAUCCUGUAUCCAUGGUAACCAU